UACAAAUGAAAAUCAUCAGCUCCCCUCUCUCUGACUUGGAUUCACUGAAAAUGUUGGGCUUUGAAGACUGUGGUAAGCUGCUCCGGCUGCUCAGCGCCGGCGAAGACAAGACCGUCGAAGAUAUCGUGGCCGAAUUCAACUCCAAAUUCCCUCUCCCUCUGCAUUUUUAUGCAUGCUCCGCCCUCGACUUCCUCACUACUGACCCCAAGGAGAAAUUUCUAAAUCCAAGUCAGCGGUUAAUUGCGUUUGCAAUCAUUCAUCAAGCAUAUUCAUCACACCAACCUUCCUCAAACCCUUUCAUUUCCAAGCUUGUUAGUGCAGCAUGUGAUGACGUAGCUGAAAAGUAUGAAAGGGCAUUUGUUCUUCUCUUAUUGAGCUCCACCAGUGUCAAUGGCAGAAAGUUUCUCAAGCAAUCUGCGGCAGAUUACAUAAAUAACUUUGAUCUUUCAUCUCAUUCCUUUACACAACGUGAGCAGUUGCAGCAACAAUAUUGUGUCAAAGUUCAGACAGAGCCAUUUAAAUGCUUGUUAAAGGACAACUCUGUGAAAAAUAUAGUACCUGAUCCUGAUGUGCCCCGUGGAUGUGAUAGUAAUUCAUCUGAGUUUGAUUCACAGCCUGGAGUUACAUCUAAAAUUGGAUCUGGGAAUAAAGAAGAAACUCUUGUUGGGUUGUUGUCCUCUUUUUCACUAGAUGGAUUAGGUCCACAAUGGAUAAGGCCGCUCCCUCCAAGGCUUCCAGUAAUGGAUGGAGAGCUAAUGUGGCUGAACCCCGAUAUGAACCAUGAGCUUUUAUGGGACUAUGGGAUGUGUGCUGAUACUAGUAGAGGAGUUGCUGUAAGAGAUUUAAUUUCAAAAGCUUUGAAGGGGCCACUUGUACCUGUGCAACAAGAGCAAGUGCUGGUGGAGUUAGCAAAUGACCCGAAGCUUGUAUAUCAUUGUGGACUAACACCCAAAAAGCUCCCGGACCUAGUGGAAAAUAAUCCCAUGAUUGCUGUCGAAGUGCUGAUUAAGUUGGUGAAUUCAUCCGAAAUUAAGGAAUAUUUUACAGUUCUUGUAAAUAUGGAGAUGAGCCUUCAUUCCAUGGAAGUUGUAAAUAGGCUGACCACUACAAUUGAACUUCCUACGAUGUUCUUACACACUUAUAUUUCCAACUGUAUAAGUGCUUGUCAGGGUAUCAAGGAUAGGUAUAUGCAGAACAGACUUGUGAGACUGGUUUGUGUUUUUCUGCAAAGUUUAAUCCGAAACAAAAUAAUCAAUGUGAACGACAUCUUCAUCGAAGUGCAAGCGUUCUGCAUCGAGUUCUCGAGGAUCAGAGAAGCAGCAGGCUUAUUUAGGCUGUUGAAGACCUUGGAGUAGAUGUCGUAUAGUGGCUUUCAGGAUGUUUUAAUAGACACACUUAAUUGAACGUAGCUGCUAAUAUUUUCUUUUAAUUGACAUAAGAAAUUUGUUAUGUUAUCUAUUAUUGGAAUUUGAUCCCCUGUAA